AUGACAAAAACAAACUCUCAUUCCCAAACUUCUGAUGACACUUCAUCAGCCUCUCAAACCAACCAUCAUCAGGCGGCGAAACCCAACUUUCACUCCGCCUUCGUCAUCAACAACGUCAAAACCAUAAUCCCGGUGACGUUGGAAAAUGAUUAUAAUCUCUACCUCUCAUGGUCUGCCUUCUUCAAGGUGCAAGCACGUGUUCACAGCGUACUUGAUCACAUCAUCUUGUCAUCGGAUGCACGGGCCAUACAAGCAUCAGCAUUCCUUAAGGCUAACGAUUCUGAACUUUGGAAUCGGCUUGAUGCGGUGGUACUGCAAUGGAUGUACGCAAUCGUCUCGCAGGAUAUUCUUCAAUCAAUCCUCGUCGUCAAUGAUACUGCCGAAGAAUGCUGGAAGCGCAUCGCCGCUAUGUUUCAUGAUAAUAAGCAUCCACGUGUUGUACAAUAA